UACUGAAGAUUCUAUUCAUCACUUCACUAUCCUAUCUCCUUCGACCUUCUGAGUCGUCGCCGGCCGAAUCCCUUCCCGGCGCUGCUGCAUUGUCCAGAUUGCUUUGAAAUUCCUCUUCCCUCAGAGCUCCCUAUCUCAGCCACCAAGCAGCGCCCUGUUGAACAACGUUCUCUCUGCCUCCUUCAACCGACCGUCGAUCCGGAUUGCACCAGUUGUCUAAAUACAGCUAGGCAUUCGUUGAUGCAGGAUUAUGGAUAUGGUGUCUAUGAAAUGCAUUAAGCAAAUGAGGACCGUUAUUCCUAUGAGGGAGACGGUUGGAAUGGUUUGGUGCAGAAUGUUUUCAGCUGGAAGCAAAAAGAAAGGCGGGAAAGGUGCUGCUUCUGCUGAUGCUCCAAAAGUAUCGAUAUUAAGCAAAGAAGUCAAGUCAAGCACCACCAUAGGUUGUAAUACUCUCAAGGAGGGAUCAGAUCCGAAAGUCAUGGCUGAUUCGGAAUACCCUGAUUGGUUGUGGAGUUUGCUUGACAAAAGGACUGCAUUAAGUGAACUGAAGAGGAAGAAAGUGGAAGAUCUUCCAUUUGAAGACCUAAAACGCUUUGCUAAGCUGGAUAACCGAGCCAGGAUUAAGGAGAACAACUCUGCAAAGGCUAAGAGCUAGAUGUCUUGUUGCAUCCUCUGUGAGUUUGAUUUCUUUUUCUUCUUCUCCUACCUUGAUAUUAGACAACAAAGUUUCUUCCAUGAAGACAUAAAUAUUUUUCUUCAUUGAAUAAAGAAAGACAAAUGUUGAACUCAUUCACUUAGAUCACAAAACAUGUCAAGGAGAUUGCAGUUUCAUUUCUUUUGUUGCAGUUUCUAAGGUAGUUUUUUUCUUCGAUUA